AUGGCUUCACCUGCUAUACCAGACUUUCUACCGUCACCCGAGACGUCCUAUACCCGGGGUAACAGGAGUAUAUCGCAGGAUGUUUCGGAUGAACAAUGGCAACAACUUGCAAACGUGGUUAGAGACGUAGGCCCCAUGUUGAAUCCCGAUGUGGAAUUAGGGGAUAUAGCCGCCGCUGAGGCCGCCGUCCGUGUCAAGGAUAACGAACAAGCACAGGUGGUCGAUCAACUACGAACAGAUCUAAAAGCUUUGAGCCGUCAAUAUAACGCUGCUCAGCAAGCAGCACAACGACCUAGCUCUGCACCUUCAGCAGCCGAACACGACGCCCAAGUCCGGACGUUGGAACAACAGCAAUACGCCACUGUCAAACAGUUAAACGAGGAACAAGCCAGUGUAGCAAAGAAGGAGACGGAGUUGAGUAAAUGGAAAGCAGAGAAGGAAACGGUGGGGAAUAUCAAAAUUGGUGAGGAUGAUUGGGUAGAUGGGAAGAUUAUCCGACUGAAGCUGUUCUCCGACGCCGGCUUCUCAUUGCUUCCUUCCAAAGAGAACGGUGGAGCCAGCAAGGUGCUGAUAAGAAACGAUGUCAAGAGCGACGUGCACUCUGUCUCUAUCGACAAGAACCGGUCAAGAGUGUUCAACGCCAACAUGAUUUGGAGCUUGGCGAGCGAGUAG